AUGUCACCAACAAAUUGGUCAAUUUUGGUGAUUUUAUGCUGUGCCAUUUCAUUUACCUUGGCUUCUGAUCCUGACACACUUCAAGACCUUUGUGUAGCUCUUCCCUCUUCAGGUGUUAAAGUUAAUGGAUUUGCAUGCAAAGCAGAAGCAAAUAUAACAGCGGCUGAUUUCUUUUUCAAUGGUUUAGCAAAUCCUAAAGCUAUCAACAAUACAGUGGGAUCUUUGGUUACUCCAGCCAAUGUUGACAAAAUUCCAGGGCUCAACACAUUAGGAGUGUCUUUAUCAAGAAUUGACUACAAACCUAAAGGACUUAACCCGCCACACACGCACCCUCGUGCCACCGAGAUUGUUUUCGUGUUAGAAGGUGAAUUAGAUGUUGGUUUUAUCACUACAUCUGACAAACUCAUUUCUAAGUCCAUCAAAAAGGGUGAAGUCUUUGUUUUCCCAAAAGGUUUGGUGCAUUAUCAGAAGAAUAGUGGAGAUAAAGCUGCUUCGGUGAUUUCGGCUUUUAACAGUCAACUUCCUGGUACUUUUUCGAUUGCUUCAGCUCUGUUUGGAUCAACCCCAACUGUUCCUGAUGAUGUUCUUGCUCAGGCCUUCCAGAUUGAUACUAAACAGGUUGAUGAAAUUAAGGCCAAAGUUGCUCCUAAGAAGACUUAA